GCGGGCUAGCGCUAAUUCUCACCAGGAGAAGUUGUCACCUAGCUUGAGGAUGCAGGAAAAUACGCGUCAGGCUGUGGUGGAGCAAAUCCUUGAGGAAGGCGCAACGACAAUUAUGCUUAGAUCUCUCCCAGCUUCGACCACUACAUCAAGUUUGAUGACUAUGUUGGGUCUGCCAUUCGUUGGUUUCUACGACUUUCUCUAUCUGCCACAGUGCUCUCGACAGCCAAAUCGCAUCGUGGAAAUGGCAUUUAUCAAUUUUGUUGAUCAAAGCUUCGCGAGAUUGGCGGUGCAGCUUUUCCAAGAAGCAUCAACCAUGAUCCAAUCUUGGUCGCGGACAAGGGUGAGUCAAGCAAGGGUUCAAGGCCUGGCGCCCAACCUGGCAUACUUCCUCCUUCGAUUUGGCGAAGGAGCCAUGCUGGGGCCAGACGCACCCCUGGUCUUUGUGAAUGGUGUGCCUGCUUCUUUGCAAGAUCAAUGCGCUGCUCAAAUCAACGAAUAUGCCAUCAGAUCUGCAUGGUUGGUUAUUCAGGAAGAAACCCAACCCAGGCAGAGAGACAUGCGUUCUCAGCGACUUCCUGGCGAUCGUGCAGGCGUGCGGGAUAAGGUGGAACCGAUUUUGGUUGCGCCAAACCUGCGUGAAGAUGAACUUCUUGACCUUGCACGGCGCCAUGAAGAACGCUUUGGAUUCGCUAUUUUUAGAUUAUGAUGGACUAUGAGUUCAGAAUCAAUCCAGGAUUUCAGGACGUGCAGUCGAGCUGACGAUUUCCGUCCCCGAAAGCCUUCAAGAAAAUUUUGUGAAGAAUUCAUGUUCGUUUUUCCUUCUGGCCAUAUUAGUUGGGAGAGUCGGUGAAAGAGCCGGUGAGAAAUCUAUGAGCAUUCUAAAAAACAAGAAUGUCCAUGUGAAGUGGCGAGUAAUUCCGUUUUUUUUUUGCAUAGAAGUGAUGCCCUCGAGCCGUUGGCAUCGCGUCAGAGACAAUGUCAUCUUGUGGCACCCCGUCAAAGCCUUGGGCGUGCCUACAAUGUCUGACAGUCAAAAAAGAACAGAGAUGCCCUUGCAAAAAUGGCAAGAUGGUGAAGGUAUGCAUGUUGUCGCCCGUGGAUCCCACCUUUGCUUCCCUAUAUGUAUAGAUAUGAUAUGCAUUGAUGCCAUCUGUGUCUGGUGCCCGAAAGCUGGGCAUACACUCGAGCGUUUCUGAUCUUGAGAUGCUGCCGGGCUUAGCAGCUUCAACUGUUCAAGCUGUCUACUGUUGACGUUCCUCC